ACAACAUGGCGGUCGACAGUGAUCUGGGUUAGCAACAAAUGUAGACAUUAAUCUCUAAUUUGCUAAAUCUUUGCAAACCACUCAGUGGUGAAUUCUCGAAAAAAAAGUACAUUAGCUAUCUAUUCUACUGCAGAAAAUACACAGAUAACGGAUUUUCGAUUUCUAGUUGUUCGUUAAUCUCAACGACAGAAUGAGCAACAUCUACAUUCAAGAGCCUCCGUCAAACGGAAAGGUUCUGAUCAAGACCUCAGCUGGUGACAUCGACAUUGAGCUGUGGUCCAAAGAGGCUCCCAAGGCCGCCAGAAACUUUGUCCAGUUAUGUCUGGAAGGCUACUAUGAUGGAACACCGUUUCAUAGAGUGGUGCCAGAGUUCAUUGUCCAAGGAGGAGAUCCCACAGGCACCGGGACAGGGGGAGAGUCCAUUUAUGGACGGCCAUUCAAGGACGAGUUCCACUCCAGACUGCGCUUCAACAGACGAGGCCUGGUUGCCAUGGCCAACGCAGGGCCCCAUGACAACGGCAGCCAGUUCUUCUUCACCCUGGGCCGGGCAGAUGAGCUCAACAACAAACACACCAUCUUUGGAAAGGUGACAGGUGAUACAGUGUACAACAUGCUCAGGUUAGCAGAAGUGGAAUGUGAUCAGGAGGAAAGACCUUUAAAUCCACACAAGAUACGAACCACUGAGGUGUUACAUUCUCCCUUCGAUGACAUCAUUCCACGUGAAACAAAAAAAUCCAAAAAGGAUGAAGACAAAAAAGAGGGAAAGAAAUCUCAGUCCAAAGCAACAAAGAACUUUAGUCUGUUGUCAUUCGGAGAGGAAGCUGAGGAGGACGAGGAAAUGGUAACUCAAGUCAGCCAGACACUGAAAGGGAAAAGCAAAAGCAGUCAUGACCUGCUGAAGGAUGAUCCACUGCUGAGCUCUGUCCCCGCAGUCAACAAGAAAAAAGCCAAAGGUGCAGCUGGAGAAGCAGCAGAGGGUGAGGAUGAUGAGGCUGCGGAGGGAGAUGCGGAUGGUGAUGAAGAGGAGUAUGACUCUGAUGAGAGGCAGGAAAUGAGGGAGAGGAUCUCUAAGAAGCUGAAGAAGAUGAAGGAGGAGGAGAAGAAGAAGAAGAGUACAGACCCCAGCGAGGAGGACAGAGGGAAGAGGGCCAACCGCAGCGACGAGCUUCGUCAAGAGUCUCGCCAGUUGAAGAAGGACCUACUGGCCAUCAAAAAGAGAAGAGAGGACAUCGCCAAUCCUCCACAGAAGGAGGAGGAAGACGAGGAGGAAAAGAAGCCGGGUAGCGAGGCGGUGGCGGAAUAUCUGGAGGGCAAGAAGAAAUAUGAAGACCUGAAGAAACAGAAACUGAAGAAGGGAUCCAGCAGAGAGGCACAGACGAUGGCGCUGCUGGACCGUUUCAAGUCCAAGCUGUCUUCGGCCAUCACUGAGACUUCCCAGGACCCUGAGGAGGACCCUGAGGAGCUGGCAGAGGACGACGACAAAGGAUGGAUGGCCCAUGUUCUCCAGUUUGAUGAGCAAACCAGAAAAGUCAAGGAUGCCAACAUGCAGGAUGAAGACACGUUUGAGAUCUAUGAUCCACGCAACCCUGUCAACAAACGGCGGAGAGAGGAGAGCAAGAAGAUCAUGAUGGAGAAGAAAGCCAAGAAGUAAUGGGUCAGGGGUUAGGCCUGGAGGUUAACCCCGGCCAAGUGACAGACCAGGCCUCACUCCUCUCUUCCACUCUAACCCACCACUUCAAAACAACUGUCUCUCCUUCCUGUUGAACUGAGUGAACUUUGAACCCUGGAAUGCCAUGAAGGACCAAAACAGCUGUUAUUGAGAAGCUGUUGGCCUCCAUUCACAUCUGGACUGAUGUAGCUAACACAGGGCUAACGUGACUCCAGCCCAUCACGAUAAUCCCUGAUAAAAGGGAAAAUCACGUGACCUGACAGCUAUAGCUAAUGUAAAGCUCUCUGUCAUCAAGACAUAGAAGGAUACUAUCAUUUUGAACUGGAAUCUGAACCCACAUUUCCAAUAAUGAAUUUUUAUCGUCCUACAGUAAUGUAUGUUUAUGUUGUGAUUGAGUGAGUAUUGGAAAGUAAAGGUUGUGAAAUGUUGAGAAAUGACCAGGUACCCAGGUAAAGUAGUAAGGUUGAUGGAUGAUGUUACAAGUCAUUGAUGUCAACAUGUCUGAUGAGCAAUGUAUUGAACAUGUACUCAUAAUAAAUUACCUUUCUCAUAAGACGUAGA